AUGUCCGCCAAUCAUAUUAACAGAGCAGCUGUUUUUUGUUUCAGCGGGGUCAAGGGUAGAAUUUUCAUCGUCUUAUUCGGGAACUCCUCCACGCUUCGCCAGUGGGGAUCAAAGUCCAAUCCGGUCAGUCGAGUCAUUAUCGCCUCGUCAUGGACUGAGAACGGUCCAAAUCCCACCAUCACUGCCAACUUUUCUUGCCAUGCCUCACCUGCGAGAACGAUCGCUUCCUAUACGGGAUCUCCUUUGGCGGCCAAAUGGCCAGGUAUCCGCUCCACAUUCCGAUCAUCGGGAAUUGCCAAUGAGAAGAGGGCUACAACUCUCAAGGCCAUGGUCUACAUUCCUGGACGCUCCAGGAAACCCUCCGAUUAG